AUGGAGAACGGUCAUGAGAUCGGUACCCAACAUGCAACGAAGGGAGACCGCGACACCGGUCAAGAAGGGCUACGUGACAGAUCAUCUCUACCAAAGGCUGAGCCGACUGACCGACUGUUGAAAUUGGGCCAGCCGGAAGAGACGAAGGAGCCUAAAGAAGAAAUAAUGCUAAAUACUGAAGACGUCGAGAUUGCAGAAAUACCAGUUUAUCACCACGAGAGCGGAGAUUUGUUUGCGGAAGAUAUCGAGCAGCAUAUGGCCGUGCUUCCAGAGAUGUCGGCGACUAGGGAAGAAGUUACGAUUGAGGACAUUCAGAUCGGUGAUCCCGAUGUGCCUCUCACCACAGAUCAACAACGGCUCAGAUCGCUGAUCUGGAAGAGCCGUCACCUCCUCAUGGGUAAAGGUAAUGCUCUACCACCAGCAGCACGAGGCGCGAUCUGUGAUAUUGAUGUCGGUGGGGCAGCACCGAUAGUGCAAAGAGUGCGUCCGGUCGCACCCAAAUAUCGGGAGAAGCUGUCAGAUCUCAUCAAAGGACUAUUAGCAGCCAAAAUCGUUCAGCCAUCUAAGUCACCUUGGGCGUCUCGGAUAGUGGUGAUCAUCAAGAAGAACGGAGUGGAUAUUCGCCUUUGCAUUGAUUAUCGAAGAGUUAACCAGCUGACGCGUCUGAUGGUUUAUCCCAUGCCGUUGAUCAGCGACCUGUUGGAAGAUCUGGAUAAAGCUCUAUGGUACUGUUCGCUAGACAUGGCUAGUGGAUUUUGGGUCGUCGAAAUGACUGAACGAGCAAAACUGAUCUCAGCGUUUGUCACACCGUUUGGCUUGUUCGAGUGGCUGCGAAUGCCUUUUGGGCUUAAGAACGCGCCCCAGAUCUACCAACGUCUGGUGGACAAUGCGUUGUAUGGAUAUCUCAAGAUCGGCCAGAGAUCAGCUUCUGAUGGCCUGACCGACGUGUUCAAAGAUGGAGAACCUGAGACAGAUCGACGACCGUCUAUACUGGGACGCCGAUCUUACAUUGACGAUAUUCUCAUACCAGCCACGUCAUGGGGAUCUUUGUACACAAAAGUAGAACGGUUGCUGGAGGCAUGUGAUAAGUGGAAUCUGUCUAUCAGCCUCACGAAGAGCUUUUGGGGGUGCCGUAAGGUCGAUUAUUUGGGACAUCGAGUGUCGAUGGAUGGUCUGGAGGCUCAGCCCAAGAACCUAGAGUCGUUGGUUAACAUCCCGUUUCCUAGCACGCUACGAGCUAUGCAAUCCUUUCUCGGGAGCUUGAACUACUACCGUCGCUUCAUUGAGGAUUUCGCGGUGUAUGCCGCGGUGUUGUAUGAGUUAAGAGAAUCGGAUUUCUUCUAG